AUGACGAAAAUAACGAUGAAUUCCUCUCCAACGCAACUCGCGACAGUUGGUGCCUGGAAGCACCCAUAUCCUGAGGCUACUCGCCUGGAUACUUUCAGACGGCACGUUAACCGAGAAUACACUCUCAAUCUAGAGACGUAUGACGAUAUCCAUAAGUGGUCCGUCGAGAACCUUGACGACUUUUGCAAGUCAGUCUGGGUCUUUUGCGGCAUGGUUUACAGCGCUGCUCCAGAAAAGGUUGCCAACGGGAUUAGAAACAUGUGGCCUCGCCCCGAAUGGUUCCCUGGUGCACGAAUCAAUUUCGCAGAGAAUAUACUGUGCGUUGGUUUGAAAGUACAUCCGGACCGUGUCGCCGUGUCUGCUUGCCGCGAGGCUGGGACACACUGGCGUCACUUGACCUGGGUUCAACUACACACCCAGGUAGCAUUAUACACAACCGCUUUGAAGGCAGCCGGUUUGAGAAAGGGUGACCGCGUUGCUGCUGUAUUGUCGAACUCUAUAGAGGCCGUGGUUGUCCUUCUCGCUGCAGCAUCCAUUGGGGCAAUUUUCUCUUCGACGGCUCCAGAUAUGGGAGCAGCAGGCAUUGUGAGCAGAUACGCUCAGAUUCGACCGAAGAUCAUGUUUGUCGACACAGAAGUGCUGUACGCGGGAAAACGGCGCGUCUUGCGACAGAAGAUGACCACGGCAGUAACUCAGCUGAGAAAACAAGUUCCAGAGUUGACCAAGGUCGUCGUCGUCACAGGUUCUGUAUUACCUGACAAUGGCUGGUGCCAUUUGACCAUCCCGUUUACAUUCUCUACUCGCAUUUGCCACUCAGGUGGUGGUGCUCUUCUACAACAAAAGAAGGAGUUCAUCCUCAGCUGCAACAUGGACGGUGAUUCAACAUAUUACCAAUACACAACAACAGGGUGGAUGAUGUGGAAUUACUUGGUAGGGUCCCUCAGCGUUGGUGCCCGGAUUGUUCUGUACGAUGGGAGCCCGCUAUAUCCAAAUGCAGCAUUCCAAAUUCGGCUUUUAGAGGAGCAAGGAGUAACGCAUUGGGGGACCAGCCCCAAGUUGUUGACCGCCCUGAAGCAAUCCGGCUUUACAAGGUCAGAAGCUCUUGAUAACCUCCGCCUUGUCGUUUCAGCAGGGUCGCCUUUGUCGUCGGAAAUUUCUCGUUGGUUCAGAGGCAUCUUCCCCCAUCGCGUGGGCCUGUUUAGUGGUUCGGGAGGUACUGAUCUCGUCGGUGGGAUUAUCAGUGGCAACUGCCUCUCCGUAAUUCACGACGGGGAGCUUGCGUCCCCUCAACUAGGCAUGAAAGUUGAAGUGUGGGAUUUGCAAGGCCGCAACGUUGACCAGGCCGGCGAGAAGGGCGACCUAGUCAUCACCACACCAUUCUUCAGCAUGCCCGUCACCUUUUAUGGGGAUGGGGGACUAGAAAAGUACUACAAUGCUUACUUCGACAAGUUCCCGGGCGUUUGGUGCCACGGCGACUUCGCACAGAGAAACCCAGUCACGGGAGGAUAUGUAAUCCUCGGGCGCAGCGACGGGGUUCUUAAUCCUGGAGGCAUACGUUUCGGAAGCGCCGAGAUCUACGGCGUAAUGGAUCAAUUCGCCGAAGUUGAGGAUAGCAUUGCGGUAGGGCAGCGUCGUCCAGGCGAAAGCGACGAGCAAGUCCUCCUAUUCUUGAAGACCAAGACUUCAAAUUUCGACCAGGUUCGCGAGGACGUCCGAGAGGCUAUCAGAGAGCAACUCAGCCCCAGGCAUGUCCCUGCACACAUCUUUCGAGUCAACGACAUCCCCUGCACGUCCAACGGCAAGAACAUCGAAAUGGUCGUCAAGGCCAUUGUGUGCAAAUCGAAGGUAGCAAAUAUUGACUCGGUUGCCAACCCGGAAUGUCUAGCAGAGUAUACAAAGUUCGCAGACCUUCCCUCUUCGACCGGCGAGGCCAAGCUGUGA